AUGCGGUUCGCUCUCUUUACCACUGUUGCCUUUCUAGGCCUGACCACCACCGCCACCAUCGUACCCAGACGCGGCGAAACUUCUAAACGCAAUACUAAUGUCUGCCCUGGCGCUGAUUAUCCGCGGUGCUGCGAAACGAACGAUGAUGGUGUUGUUGUAGCCUGUAUAUACCCUGGGAACGUUGGUUCGAUGGAGGAUUUUAAGAACGCUUGUAAAUAUAUGAACAAAAAGGAUCAAGAAGAAGGCAAAAGACGACACGGACACAAACAUAGCAAAGAACGCCGCAAACACAGAAAGGACAAAGAAGAGGAAGAAGGCGAAGAAGGCGAAGAAGGUCAUGAACGCGGGGAAGGCCACGAACACGAAAAAGAAGAAGAAGAAGAAGAAGAAGAAGAAGGCAAAGAAUACCGCCAAGGGAAACAGCCUAUGUGCUGUCGUUCUUCUGACAAACAGAUUGUACCAGAUGUCGGAGGACUGUUUGGUCGUGCUGUGACUGAUAAUGAUUGCUCAGAUUUAGCGGGUUAG